AUGGAAACACCACGAUCAGAUAAUACCCAUACGAACGCAACUAGCCGGACUGCUUCUUUCGGGUCUGGUCACGAGCCGCUUGACUAUGUCAACCUACCGGUCCGUGAAGUUAGCGAUGGCGCCGAUCUUCGAGAAUACACCACCGAGACAAGGGAAGGCGAGAUCAUCAAGCCCGUCAAGUCCAAUGUUACUGGCAAGCUGGAAGACUGGAAGUUGGUGACUUUCACCAUCGACGAUCCCGAGAACCCUAAGAACUGGUCGAAGCUUUACAAAUGGUAUUGCACCAUGGUGGUUGCUUUUACCUGUUUCGUGGUGGCUUUUGCUAGCAGUGUUAUCACUGCCGAUCUUGAAGGCCCUAUGGAAGACUUUGGCGUCUCGCGUGAAGUCAGCUUGGUGGUUGUCACUGUGUUUGUCGUUGGAUUCGGUGUUGGCCCCAUGGUCUUUGCUCCUAUGUCAGAAAUGUUCGGACGUCGGCCAAUAUAUGCUGCCACCCUCUUGCUUGCCGUUGUCUUCAUCAUUCCAUGUGCCGUCGCCAAGAACAUUGGAACCCUAAUUGUGUGCCGUUUGAUCGAUGGUAUCGCUUUCAGUGCACCUAUGACUUUGGUCGGUGGUACUCUCGCCGAUUUGUGGAAGAGUGAAGAGCGAGGUGUUCCGAUGGCAGCGUUCAGCGCUGCGCCCUUCAUUGGACCCGCCAUUGGCCCUCUUGCAGGUGGUUUCCUUGGUGACCACGCUGGCUGGCGGUGGCUUUACUGGCUCCAGUUGAUUCUGAGCUUCGUUGCGUGGGUUCUGAUUACCUUCACCGUCCCCGAGACAUAUGCGCCAAUCCUGUUGAAGAAGCGAGCCCAGAAGCUCCGUAAGGCCGAGAACGACGACAAGUACACGACUGAAGCUGAGCUUGACCCUCGUCCCUUGGGCGAGAAGUUGCGCAUCUUCCUCUUUCGCCCCUUCCAGCUCUUGUUCCUCGAGCCUAUCGUCUUGUUCAUCGCUCUCUACAUGUCUGUCUUGUACGGCUUGCUAUACAUGUUCUUUGUUGCAUACCCCAUCGUCUACCAAUCUGGUAAAGGGUGGAGUGCCUCUUCGACCGGUCUCAUGUUCAUUCCUCUGGCCAUCGGUGUGCUCAUGAGCGCAGCCUGUGCUCCCCUCGUCAACAAACACUACCUCAAGAUCUCUGCUCAAUGCGGUGGCAAGCCUCCUGCCGAGAAGCGUCUAAUUCCCAUGAUGUGGUCUUGCUGGUUUGUUCCCGUCGGUCUGUUCAUCUUUGCUUGGACCUCCUACAAGGAUCUGCACUGGAUGGGACCGGCAAUGGGAGGCUGGCCUGUUGGGUUCGGCUUUAUCUUCCUGUACAACUCGGCCAACAACUACCUUGUGGAUACUUAUCAGCACCAAGCAGCCUCCGCCCUCGCUGCGAAGACCUUCCUUCGUUCGAUGUGGGGUGCUUCUACUGUUCUUUUCACCGAACAAAUGUACAACCGUCUGGGCUACCAGUGGGCUAGCUCGCUUCUUGCCUUCCUCGCUUUGGCUUGCUGUCUCAUUCCCUAUGUGUUCUACUUCAAGGGAGAAGCUAUUCGCCGUUUCUCGAAAUACGCUUUCAGUGACGAUGAGGAGCAGGCCAUAAAGGCCUAG